AUGACCACCACCACCCUUGGCCCACAACUGGCACCACAGGCACAACCACCACCACAGUCACGGGCACUGGCUCAACCACCAGCACCACCACAAUCACCCUCACUGACCCAACAACCGGCACCACUGGCACCAUCACCACCACCACAAGCACCACCACCAUUGGAAGCACAACCACUGGCACAAUCAACAUCACCACCAUGA